AUGGCAACCCAGGUGUUGAUCGCCCACACGGGCCAGCGCCUGCAAAUCGAUGCUUCGCAUCUUUCGUCAGUAGAUGAGCUCAAAGCCACCCCUUUGAAGCUACAGACUAUCCAAACAGAGGUUUGCGGUCUAAUAUCCCCUCUGAAAAGAACCUUCCCGCCCUCACCGGGUUCCUCGGCGCCGCCAAAACUCGACCUCCCGGUUCACAAGCAAUACGUGGUCCUUGACCCGCCGAAUUCCAUUGAAGACGCAACACGUCUUCCAUCAUGGCAGGAACUCUUCAAGACUCGGCGGGCUUGGGCGCUCAAAGUGGCCGAGGAUUGCAGGCGCAUGGCUGCAGCAACCGAGGACCGGUACGGCGAAAUCGAUGUCAUGCUGCGCUGCCUUGACGCGGCUGUGAUAAACCUGGAAUCUGUCAUCAAGGGUCUUGAUCCCAAGUAUGCCGAAUUUAAGAAAUGGCUCCCAACGGCGCAGGCUGAUUAUGGCGCGCUGACGGCGGGCUGGGAGCAGUACCUAUCCCUUGCACGAAGCAUUCCUGUCUCCGCCGCUAUGGUGCGCUUCAUGACGGGCCGUGUUGUUGACGGAAUUAAAGGACGGCCCCAGCGUCAGACGACGCUCGAGGACCUCGUGGAUUUGGACACGGCGCGGAAGGCCGGCCGACUCGCGCCCGUGGCGUUGCGCAAAUUCGGCACCCGUGUCGCAGAGCUCGAGAAGACUGCUAACCGCCUGUUUCACGACGCAGAGGAUCUUUUCCGUGAGUUUGAAAAGACCGUGUCGCGCUCUGCCUUGUCGCAUAGCGGUGAAGCCCAGCAGCUGGUUCAUGAUAUAGACGCUGUGGCUAAAAAGAUUGACAUUGACUACCAGACAGCGCUCGAGUACACCAGCUCGACUCGCGACGUUCAGCAGGCUUCCAGAAUUGCAGCAACUCACACGGAGCGCUUGUUGCCGACCAUGACCAAGCGCGCUUUGGAAAUGGACGACAUGCUUCGCUACGCGACACAGACGAGAAAUUCACUGGCCGCCGAGUCGGUCGAGUUCAUGCGCAGCAUUACUGCCAUCACAGCCCUGAGCAAUACUCUCAAGUCGCAGCUGAACGACGUCAGCCCGGAUGACGAACUUGCUGCGUUUGAUUAUCUUCGCCUGAUACAGCAAGUUCCCUACAUGUACGCAUCCUUCAUGGCCGAAGCUAUUCGGCGCCGCGAAUGGUUUGAGAAAGCAAAGCAAGACUCGUCCACCCUCGCCAACGAAAUGGCCCUCUUCCAGGAAGAGGAGAUCAAGCGACGCAGGAAAUGGCACAAGUCGGUUGGUAACGCAUAUGGACCAGAGAGCCCUACUUUGGACGGCAACGUUCCUGGCUUGGAAGUGAAUCUCCUUGGGGAGGAAGAGAAGUGGCCUGUCAUGACCAGGAGUGACCUGGAGGAUUUUUACGCACUCCUGCAGACUCAGAAGGCCGAUCCCGAGAUUGUUGCCGAUGUUGGCAAGCUCAUCGCAGAGAUAAGCACCCCCACCAGGCAGCAGUCAAAGAGGAUGAAAGCCUUUAAGAAUGGCAGUAUACAUGAGGCCGCUCUUGGACGCAGCGGGCUGCUGAUUCGGGGUGACGACGACCUGCUUCGGUCGCUACAAGAGGACAAGUCGAAGCUGGAGAGCAAGCUUAAGACCGCCGAAAGCCGUACUCAAGCAUCGCGGGGCCAGCAACUUCCAGAUCGAUAUGAUUCUACCAACUCAGUCAAAUCUCCCCGGGUCUCAGAAGACCGGAGAAAGUCUGUUGAAGGUACUGACGUUCUUAUAAACCGAAUCCAGCAGCUGGAGGCCGAGCUGGGAGCAGAGAGGGAGCGGUCGGCCGUGUUUGAAAAGGACUUGAAUGCGCGGGUAACGCUACACAACGACAUCAAAGGUCAAAUGGAAGAAGUCAACUCGACAAAGAAGGAUCUCCUGGAGAACUUAGAGGCUUUGAAACGAGAGUUUACCGAAGAGCGGAAAUCACUCGAGGACGAGAUCAGACGACUCCAGGCGCGACUAGAGGAUACCGAGGAUGAGAUAGAGCAUUUUGGAGAGUCGAGGGAAAACGAAAAGGCCUCAUUUGAGGAAAAGAUCCACGCCCUCGAGCUCGAGGUUGAACGGCUGACUAAGGAGAGAGGUGACGAGACACUCAAGUUGGAAGGCCAACUCGAAUACCUGCGUAACGAGACGCGGCGCCAGCGCGAAGUGAUAGAGGCUCAGGAACGACAGCUUCAGACCGCACAGGACGAGUCCAAGGGACUCGACAAGAAGUUGGAAAUGCUAAGCAGUGCUGCGGACGUGCAGCUCAAGGCACUGCAUGAUGUCUGGGGUCAACUCUCGCCGGGCGAAGCUGUACCUGAGGACCUCGCUGAUCUUACCGAAGGGAUUUUGGUCAAGGUCAGCGAUGUUCUGGCUAAAUGGCGGGACUUGGAUGCUGACAUGUCUAUGCUGCGGCUGGAGAUUGACUCGGUGCGGAAUACGGUCAAAUCAUCAAAGGCAGAAAAGGCGACCGUCGAAGAGCGGCUGGCGACUGAGGAGGCAGCGUCGAGCCGCCUUCGCGAAACCCUUGCCGAAGAAAAGGCCAAAGUAGUGGCGCUUGAGGGUGAGCUGGCGAACGGGCAUGAGCAGCUCAAGCAAUUGCGUAUAAGGAUCGCGGACGGGGAGACUGGCUCUGAAUCCCUCCGGAAGCGGCUAAAGCAAGAGGAGGAAAGGAUCACGCGUGUCACAGAAGAGCUUGCUUCGCGGCAGUCGCAAGUGGGUAGUUUGGAGGAAGAGGUCCGGCAUCUCAAGGAAAGGCUGCUUGAAUCCCAAACCAAGGUGUCGGAACUGGGCCCCUGGUUCGAGGCCCGAGCAGAGCGCGCCAAGGACCUCACACGGCGGCUGUACUUACAAAACGAGCGCCUUACUCACCUGCUCGAGCGGCUCGGGUUUUCAGUGACACGCCAGGCCAGCGGGGCCAUGGUGAUUCAGAAGGUCCCUCGAUCAGAGCGCUCGUCACAGAAUGCGAAUGAUUCGGAUCCAAGUUCAUCUCUCCGUCGAUCCGGCACCUUCAAUGGCCGUGCUGCUACCGAAACGGUUGAUGCGGAGUUGAUCUACUGGAUGGACAGCGAGGAUAUGCAGACUGAGGCAAGCAAGUACGAGGCUUGUGUCACCUCGUUGGGGUCCUUCGACAUGGAUGCCUUUUCUGAAGCCGUAUACCGCCGCGUGAAAGAUGUCGAGCACAUGGCUCGCAAGCUUCAGCGCGACGCAAGAGCGUACAGGGAGAAAGCCCAUGCAUAUCAAAAGGAAGCACAUGAGAAAAUUGCCUACAAACAGUUCAAGGAAGGCGAUCUUGCCCUUUUCCUGCCGACUAGAAAUCAGACAACUGGAGCUUGGGCAGCAUUCAACGUGGGCUUUCCCCAUUACUUCUUGCGGGAGCAAGAGGCGCAUAGGUUGCGUACUCGGGAGUGGCUCUUGGCUCGAAUCACGCGGAUCCAGGAGCGUGUCGUGGAUUUGUCUAGAUCGCUCCAGCACCCGUCAACCAUGUCAUCAAAGAAGGGCGCUGCGGUGGGCUCCGAGUCACCGAACGACGAGGAUAACGACAACCCUUUUGAUCUAUCCGACGGCCUGCGUUGGUACCUGAUCGACGCCUCCGAGGACAAGCCCGGGGCGCCGUCGACCCCGGGGCUUGCCAAGAGCACUGUCGCGGCUAAUAACGUGGAAGCAAUGGCCGACAUGCACACGCAUGGGCGGUCAGGCUCUAAGGGCGGAGGACUGGGUGUCCGCGGCGGCGUGGCUUCGGGUAUUGAAGGAGUGAGCAAGACACUGUCCAAGAGCCUGGAAAGCCGCCGCUCCAGCACGGGCUCUAAGAAAGCCCUGCCGUUUGCGAUGGGGGCUAACAGGGGCCGAGACAGUGCCGUAGCCAGUGAAACCAACUCACUCCGUGCCGUGGCUGCAGACACUCCAGGGGCGACGAGCCCAACACAGCAGCAUGCCACUGUAAACAGCACCGCAGCACAGCAUGAUCCCUUACAAGCAUCGGUGCAGGCGGCCGAGACAGGCCAGACAAGCGGCCGCGGUGGAGGGUCGACGGAGGCCGUAUAUGGCCAGCAGCAGCCGUCACAGUCGCAGUUCGAGGUUCGCAACGAUAUGGAUUCCUUGAUGGGUCCCUGA